AUGCCUUCGUCAGAGAGCUCGAGCAGCAGCCACAGGCUAUAUGUGAAGGCGAGGCAUCUGUCGUACCAGCGGGGCAAGCGCAACACCAACCCCAACACUUCCCUCAUCAAGAUCGAAGGCGUCGACAGCCCCAAGGACGCCACAUUCUACAACGGCAAGAAGAUCGCCUACGUAUACCGCGCGAAGAAGGAGAUCCGGGGCACGAAGAUACGGGUGAUUUGGGGCAAGGUGACGAGGCCACAUGGCAACUCCGGCGUAGUAAGGGCACAGUUCAAGCACAACCUCCCACCGCAGUCCUUCGGCGGCAUGGUGCGCGUCAUGCUCUACCCCAGCGCGAUAUAG